AUGGGAACAACAUCCACAGAUACCCUGGAACUGGAGGUGCUGCGCAACCCAUCAAAUGUGAGGGGUUGGCUACAGUUCAUUCGAAGUAUUCUGUGUUCGGACUACCCCAAUCAGGUGUCUAAGGCAAAUGCAGUUAACGUGGCCUAUGAACGUGCCCUCCGCGCCAACGGUUACUCGUACAAGCUCUGGAUGGGUUAUAUUUCAUACCGGCGCGAGAACACACGAGAGCUCACUUCCCCUAAUGAGUGGUUCAGGUCUCUGCGGGACAUCUAUGAUCGAGCGGUGGAAAAACUUCCCAUGAUGCCACUGUUGUGGACUUCUUUCAUUGAGUUCGCUAUGGAUGGGUCGGUUGCACCUCGGAUUACACUCACUCGGCACGUGAUAACUAGGGCAUUGGAGGCACUUCCCUUCACUCAGCAUCACCGUAUAUGGCGGCUUGCUAAGCUUUGGGUUAGCCGACCACACGUACCCAUGCCAACGGCAACGUAUAUAUGGCGGCUGUACUUGCUGUACGAUCCGUCAACUGAAAAUCAACGAAACUACUUUCACAUGCUCUGGGAGAAGGGGAAUGCAUCGGACUUUCUCGUUGAGUGUGCGGCAUUUUUGUUGCGGGAUAGCACAUCGCAUGGGGGUCUGCUUCGUGAUAUCGCUUUCUGGGAAACAGUACGCACAGCUUUAGAAACCAAGGGACUUUGCUUCGGCGGUGAUAUUUCACAGGUGGAGAAAAUUGUCCAGAUGGCGGCGGAUUACUGCGCGUCGCCGGCAGAGUUUCGCCUUUCCUAUGCUGUUUUCUUGGCCAACCAGGGAGAGCUGAGUAUGGCACGUGAGACACUGUGGGCAAUUUUAAAUGAUGUUGACAAUCCUGCUGUUUUUUGCAGGGCUUUCACCGCAGCUCUUGCGUUUGAGAGCCAAAUCAUUGACUCCCUGGCGAUGGACUCCUCCAUCCAUGCUCUUGACGAGGUAAAGUAUCAGCAACUGCGGGAGAAGCUCUGUGGAGAUGUACCGGACCCCUUGUACCAUCUAACCCGCCUUACUCAGCAGCACCCAAUGCUGUUGAAUCAGCUUCAGCUGCGGGCAGAUCGCCACUGCACGGCACUCUGGCUGAAGCGCAUCGAAAUUUUGAAGGAAAUGGAGUGUAAUGGAGUCGCCACGUCAAGUGAUGUCAUUGCGUUGUAUCGGCAGGCCAUCACGCAGUGCACCUCCGGAAUGCCGAAUGUUGAGGCGGCUACAGCCCAACUGUUCGAGUCGUAUGCGUGCUAUUUGUGGGAAAACAAUCUUAGGACGGACGCAGUGACAGUAGCGGAUGAGGGUGCGUGGUUUGUUAAAUUUUCUUCCACUACUAGUAAUGUGCUUUUGAUGGGGUUGGUCGUGGAGUUUAGUCAGCUUACAGAUCCCGCGCGGACACUGGAUAAGCUUGUCUCAAGACUUGUCAAGGCAACGAAUGUGUCCAACUCUAUUAGAUCCAAAGGACUUGCCAGACAAGUGGUGGUGAAGAACUUAGCAAGGGAUCCCCGUGCAUGGGUGCUUGCCGUUGAUGUAGCCUUUCAUCGAUUGUUGUUGAAGAACACCGGGGAGAGUGGUGGAAGGAGCAACGAAGAACUAAAAAAUUUAAUAAGCCUUUUCUGCAACUCUUCGGGGUACACGGCGGAGGGUGCCUGUUAUGUGGCAUGCCGCCUGUGGCAAAGUGGCGAUGUGAGUGCAGCUUUCCAAGAGUUUGAGCGCGCGCUGGUGGCAUUUGCGGCUGCUCCGUUGGCCGUUCUUCACAUUCUUCAGCAGUACUUAAGUUGUUUAUGUGUUUCCUUCGGGACACGGUUGCCUCUCCACCGAUUUCGGGAGUUCUCCAAAUUGGGUCUGGACGUUGCACAGUUCACCAUGCGAUCAUCCCCCGUGUCUACGAUGGAGUUCCUUCUUAACUGCGUCACUUUAGAAUCUCGGCUAGGUUUUUCUGGAAGUGCCGUUCAAAUUGCGCGGGAAUGUCUUCACUUAGCGUUGAAACAUCAAGCGGAGUAUGACAGUCUUUUGUUCGGCGUUUUGGAUGCCGUCCUCGAGGUGACGUUUAGAUUGCAUGGAAGCCAAGCACUGCGUCACUAUUGUGCGGAGUUGCUGGAAAGACAGAAACUAACACCACAAUUGAUUCAGCGACUGGCUUUAUGGUGGGCUGCGGUGGAAAGGCGGACUGGUAAUGCGGAUAGGGCCCACACCGUGAUGGAGGCCUGUUGUAAGUCACAAGACCCGAGCAGUAGUCAUGGUGCUGUUUUCUGGAGUAUGUGGGAGUCGAUAUGUAACACCGUAAAGCAGUUUGAGGGGGUGCACAGGCGGAAGCAGCAGGCGGCACUCAAGUACAGUAGUGGGAAUAAUUCGGCUGACGCUGCCGUGGAUGGCGUUGAUGGAAAUAAAAACAAUAAUGUCGGUGCCAGUGGCAACGAAGCUAUUGAGGUUGUACCGGUGCCAGCACUUACGUGA